AAGCUAUGGCACAACAAGUCCAAACAACUCUCACCCAAGUGUGACUCGAUCAAAGUGUUUCCGAUGCAAGUUAAUAUUUCGUCCAAGGCACUGCACCCUCGGAUUGUUCACGCUCACCUCUAUUCGAUCUCAAGAAUACACUUUCAAAUAUAUCAUCUGGCUGCCAAAACAUAAAAGACGUCUGACACUCGCACUUGACGUUAAAACGCACACUUCAAUCUGCAGAACCUUACCAAAACGUUGAUACAGGGCUUGCCUCGAGCAAUGCAAUUCGAAAUCGUUGCGAAAUGUCCCACGACAAAGGCCAGGGUAUCUAGAUUGAAGCUUUCUCAUGGAACGACGGCUCUUCCUACCUUCAUGCCGGUAGCUACACAAGCUGCGAUCAAAGGCCUGACGUCGCAACAAGUCGAGGCACUUGGGAUUAACUUGAUAUUGAAUAAUACAUAUCACCUGAACCUGCGCCCUGGUAUGAAGAUCGUGAAGGAGGCAGGAGGAGCCCAUAAGUUUCAAGGGUGGAACCAUAACCUUCUUACUGACAGUGGCGGAUUCCAACUAGUGUCUCUGAGCAAAUUCACGAAGAUCACCGAAGAAGGCGCUCUAUUCUCAAGCCCCUUUGACGGUGAACUGACCAUGUUGACGCCAGAAGAAUGCAUGUCAAUACAACACACGAUUGGUGCAGAUAUCAUUAUGCAGCUAGAUGAUGUAGUAUCAAGUCUGACGACUGGACCACGGGUUGGCGAAGCUAUGUGGCGAACUAUACGUUGGCUCGAUCGAUGUAUUGAGACGCACGAGAAGUCCGGCAAAACAGAGACCCAAAACCUCUUUGCUAUCGUCCAAGGUGGACUUGACCCAGACCUUCGAGAUCAAUGUCUAGAUGAGAUGAUCAAGAGAAAGGAUCGUGUCGCGGGAUAUGCGAUCGGCGGGUUGAGUGGAGGAGAAGAGAAAGAUAUAUUCUGGAGAGUAAUCAAGCAAUGCACAGAUAAACUACCUGAAGAUCGGCCAAGAUAUUCAAUGGGAAUUGGCUUUGCGGAAGACUUGCUCGUAUGCGUGGCGUUGGGUGUGGAUAUGGCCGACUGCGUUUUCCCGACACGAACAGCUCGAUUCGGCGUGGCAUUGACAUUCAACGGACCUCUAAAUCUCAAAUCUAGCAAAUAUGCGACAGACUUCGGGCCCAUCGAGAAAGGAUGUCCUUGUCCAACAUGUUCCGAUGGUCAAUCUCGUGCUAUGCUAAAUCAUAUAGUCACUUUAGAGACUGCUGCUGCUCACGCCAUCACUCAACAUAACCUCGUAUUUCAAGCGCGGGUGAUGGGUGGAGUGCGAAAUGCAAUCAUCGCCGGAACAUUCCCCCAGUACCUCAAAACCUUCUUCGCUCAGUAUUUUGGUAAUGAAGGAUACCCUGAGUGGUGCGUAAAUGCUCUCAGAAGCGUUGGCGUAGAUCUACUUGCAGACAGGCCAGAUGUUCGGGUAGUACCAGGACAGGGUGCAAAAUGGGAUAGAGCACAGCAGUAGACGAGGUUUCAGGACGCACGAUAGUGCAAGGCACAUGUCACUGAGCCGGCAAGGAAGUCUACAGACCAUCUUGACCCUUUUCACUGAAUGAGAUAGAAAGUAACGUUCUCAGUCAAUGUUGGGGCUAAUGACUGGUGUACACCCAUCGAAAGGAGGGUAUAUAUGUCUAAGAGAGUAGCUAUGAAACUUCAGAAGGAAUAUAAUUAUAAAGAGGUGAUACACGA